AUGCUAAAAGCUUUUGUGUUACUAAUCGGCAGCAUUUGUCUGUCUGUGGGUGCAACAUCAACAGGCAUUCCGGAUGGUUCAGUGCCUUUUGUACCAAAAUGUCUAAAUGGAGGCCGUUAUGCUGCCAUAGAGGACUUUCCCUUUGAGGUUUCCAUACAGUUGAUUGAUUUGGCAGCAACCAAUAGGGGAACCCACAUUGGCUCCGGCGUCAUUUACAACAAAUAUGUAAUUUUGACUGCGGCCAGUGUGGUCGUGGGCAGAGCAGCUUCAAAUCUUCAAAUACGUGCCGGCUCAACUUGCCACAAGACCGGAGGUCAGCUGAUAAAAGUGGCUGUGAUAAAAAUUCACGAUUGCUUCGAUGCAGUAACUCUGCGCCAUGAUAUUGCCCUGUUAAAGCUCAAAUCACCGCUGGUUCUCGAUGGCCACAGAGUCAGCCGAGCCCAUAUAGGCAAAUUUGAGCCAAGCAAUAAUGAAACUGGAAGGGUGGUGGGAUACGGCUCCUCAAUGGAUGGCCUAGCACUCUACAACACUGACUUGAGACAGGCGACCAUUAGGUAUCUCAAUCUUAAAGCGUGCACAAGCAGCUUUUAUGGUUACACCAACGAUGGACUGAAAAUUGGUGUAUUCUGUGGUAGAGCUCGCAACCAGGACUCAUGUCAAAUGGAUAGGGGAAGUCCGGCAAUGUUUCAGGGCAGCUUGGUUGGUCUCUUUUCUUGGGCUCGUGGCUGUGCUGAGGAAAUAUAUCCAGGAAUAUACACGAGUGUGAUAGAAUAUCAUAAAUAUAUUAUAUGUGCUUCACAUAAUCUGUUAACAACGCCAAAGUAA